AUGUCAUCGUUGCUGCUCCGGUCGUGGAGCUCGUCGCGUGCAGGCGUCAGCUGCCGCUCUUUGAGCGUGUUGGGCGGCAUCUCCGAAGACCUCCUAGUGUCCACCAGCAUCGGCCACCAAAUCGGAGGCAACUCGCACUCGGAGCUGGUCGACAGCUUGGUGCGCACGAAUGUGGUGGCUGCUGGCUCGCGGCUGGAGGCGGCGCUGAGGCGCGUGGACCGUGGGGACUUCGUGGCGCCGGCUUUCCGGGACACCACCGAGCGCUACGCCAAUCGCCCGCUCAAGAUCGGCACGGUGGCUACGAUCUCCACUCCUCAGCAGCACGCGCAGGUGUUGGGGCUCCUGGAGCCGCACCUGCAGCUGGGGAUGACGGCGGUGGACGUGGGCUGCGGAUCCGGGAUCCUUGUGGCUGCCAUGGCUCACUUGGUGGGACCCACGGGCUUCGUGAUGGGCGUGGACAUUGUCCCCGAACUCGUGGAGUUCUCGAAGGAGAAUUUGCAGCGCAGCUUGGGUAACGAGGCAGCCGACAAGCAGACGAAGGUCAUCGUUAGUGCCGGGAAAAAGGACCUAGGCCUGCCGGAGGAUGGACGAUACGACUGCAUUCACGUGGGUGUUGCAGUGGAGACUAAGGCUGAAGCAGAAAGCUUCUUGGAGUACCUGAAGCCUGGAGGUGGGCUCUUGAUCCCGCUUGGCGGUGCGGGAGCAGAGCAGAAGCUUGUCAAGAUGACUAAGCUUGCCGAUGGAACGGUGGACAAGCGAGACGUCAUGAGCGUUUUGUGCCAGCCAAUGCUGGACAGUAUCCCUGUAGAAGUUGUGCGUGACACUCGCGCUGAGAAGCUGGCGCGGGUGGAAAAGGCUCUGACGCAGUGGCGUGAAGAGUUUGAGUACAAGAACGGACGGAAGCCUACGCGAGAUGAUCUCAUGGGCAAUUCUGAGUCGAAGAAGCUCUUCCAAGAGUUCGCGGCGUUGAGGAAGUAA